AUGUCUGACGUUCCUCCUCCUCCUCCUCCAGCUGCUGAAGAGCCAACUUACGAGGCUGCUCCACCACCACAAAGCUACGAAAACUUCAACAACAAUGUUGAUGGUGACGAAGAGCUUUCUGACACUAGACUAUUUGUCAAGCCAUUCCCUCCAGAUGUCACUGAAGCGGAAAUGAGAGAGAUUUUCGAGCCAUUCGGUGCUUUGAAGGAAAUCAAGAUCUUAAACGGAUUUGCAUUUGUGGAAUUCGAAGAGGCUGACUCAGCUUCCCAAGCGGUUCAAAACGUUGCUGGUAAGAUGUUUGCUGACUAUCCAUUGGAAGUUGUUUUCUCUAAGAAGUUAAAGCCUAGAUACAGAGUUAUCAUAAGGAAUCUACCUGAAGGCUGCGCAUGGCAAGAGUUGAAGGAUUUGGCCAGAGACAACCAGUUGGAAACAACUUUCUCCAGUGUCAACACCAGAGACUUUGACGGUACUGGUGCUCUUGAAUUCCCAACUGAGGAAAUCUUGGAAGAGGCCAUUGAAAAGCUAAACAACAUCGAGUUCCGUGGUGCUGUUCUAGCUGUUGAAAAGGACGAAAACCCUCCACCAAUUAGAGCUUCUCGUGGUCGUGGUGGUUUCAGAGGCCGUGGCGGUUUCGGUCGUGGCGGUUUCGGUGGUCGCGGUGGCUUCGGUGGCCGUGGUGGCUUCGGUGGUCGCGGUGGUUUCGGUGGUCGCGGUGGCUUCGGUGGCCGUGGUGGUUUCGGUGGUCGCGGUGGCUUCCGUGGCGGUCGUGGCGGUUACGGUGGCCCAAGAGGUGGUUACGGUGACUUUGGUGGUCGUGGCGGUGGUUUCCGUGGCGGUCGUGGCGGUUACGGUGCUCCAAGAGGUGGCUACGGUGACUUUGGCGGUCGUGGCGGUGGCUACGGUGGCCGUGGUGGCUACGGUAACAGAGACUAUGCUCCAAGAGAAGAUUACCAAAGAGGUAGUGGUGAAGGUGGUUACCAAGCCCGUGAAAGAUCUCCAGUCAGAGAUUAA